AUGGCAGUGGGAAUGUUCAUAUUCUCCCACAAGCAAAGACGAAAAUUGUUUAUUAUAUUUCUGGUACUGAAUAUUAUCCAGAUUCUCAUAGGAUGCGGAAUGACUAGUUCAUCCUUAUACAUCAUCAUUGCUGUAUCUCCAAUACUGCACACAGACAGGGCAGAAGUGAAUUUUGCAUUUGUAGUAACCGGACUGUAUGGGACUCAUGUAAUUUUCCAUUGGAUAGUUGGAAUCAACAUUUGUAACAAAUGUUUCAAGCAGGCCCAUAAGAAAAGCACUAGUAAUCUUUUUCUUCUGUGGUCCUGUUUAGGCACAAAUACAGUAUUGAAUUUACUCAUAGUGUCGCAUUUCUCGCGAAAAAUUAAUAAGCAUAUAGCCAGAUCCAUCAAGCAGUCAAUAUCCAUGGGAAUGAGCAAUUACUUGCAAGAAAGUAUGUGGAAGGAAACCAUCGACAAACUUCAAUAUUCCAGUCAUUGUUGUGGGAUAGAUUCUUAUGAAGACUGGCACAAAAUAAAAUGGUUGUCAAAAUAUCAUGUCGAUGUUAAAUCCACUGCCGUUAAAGAAUUCCAUACCGAUGAUGAUCUCACACUACCUGUUACUCCUUGGAGCUGCUGCAAAGUGGAUUUUCCAAUGCAAUGUCUCCACGAUCCUUUACAGCAGGUCCACUAUGCUCAUAUGUGGGUAGAUGAGCCCAAGAUAGUGUUAGAUUCUAUAAACACUAAAGGGUGUAUGAUGAGCCUGCGAAAACCCAUUGAUGCCAUGAUCAAUUUGUUCGUUCUUCUUACUUCAUUGAUAUGCAUACUACAUGUAAUAAUAUUCAUAAUAUCAAGAAUGCUCUACACUUCUACAAGAAAUGCAAUUUUACUAGAAGAUCCGCAAGGUCUAGCACCAGGAUGGAUUUUUGGCAAAGGUGAUUGUGGAUAUUCAGGAGGAAAAACCCUAAUUGAAAUCAUGGCUUCUCCAAGAAAAAAGGUUGUAGAGGAAAUCCAGGUGAAAACAAAGAAAGAUUCAAAAUCUGGACAAACAAGUGCACCAAACAAAACUGUUUCAAUAUUAGAAGAAAAACAAACAAAUCACUCAGUAAACCCCACACGAAACUCGACCCUACUUAGGGAAGCCCAAAAGGAUGAAAAAUCGAUGGAAAAAAGUGAGAUGAUGGAUAAUUCAUUACCAGUGACUAUGGAAGAAGAAUUGCGAAAAUUACAGCAAUAG